AUGGCGUUCUUUGAUUCAAUCAGGUUCUGUGAAAAGCGUUCAACGAAACAAAGUUCUAAUUUGUGGAAGUUGUUGCUUAAUCGGAUUAUCGAUGAUUUGUUCUUGUGCAAUCCGCUCACCGAGUGUUUGAGGAAAGUCCUCUCAUAUCAUUGGUUGCGGGAUAGUGGCUACGGUGUUGUUUCUGGGUUUUGCUUUGACUCCUCGAAUAAUGAGUACAAGGUUGUAAUGGCGCUUUCUCAUGAGACUCCAAGUUACGAUGGAUUGGUUGUAAUUGGUAGUUUUCGAAGCAAAACUUGGACAAUUGUUCACUUCCCAUACUGUGUUUCUAGUGUGAAAUCGGGUCCUGUUGUGAAUGAAAAUCUACAUUGGUUUGCUUCUAAAGAAAGUUGGGGUCACUUCUUUGCACCCCAUCAAAUCAUUUACUUCAAUCCAUGGAAGAAUAUGUUCAAGAAGUUACCAAGGCCACAACCUAAGGAUAGAGAUGGAGAUAUUCUACUCAGUUUAGAGAUUUUAGAAGGAUGUCUUUGUAUGGUUCGCUCUUGCGAGCACCCAACCGAUCAUGUGGAUAGAGUUGAGGUGUUGGUGAUAAAGAAAUAUGGUAUCCAAGGAUCUUGGACUACCAUGUUCAUUCUAUCGAAUUUGCCUAACUUGCAUAUUUAUGAUAAUGUCGUACCAUUGUGUUUUACAAAGAAUGGUGAGAUUCUAAUGAAAAUUGGCAAGAACCAUGUAAGAGCAUAUAAUCCUAACGACAACUCGCAAAGGGAUAUUAGGAUUCCAACCGAGUCACUAUUUCUAUCACUACAACAAAACUGGAUUUUUACGGCUUUACAUUAA